CUUCAUAACUUCACAAUUUAAUGAAAUGCACAACGUGAGUCGUGGAGGUUCAUUGCAUGUGAUCUGCAUUCUGCGGCAUGAUGCCAUGUGCGUCGGUCCCUGGACAAUGCCUCUCCCGUGGUUGUCAUCGCUAGAAAACCAAGCUUCCAGAUCGCGGGGGCUGUAACGAGAUAACCCAACUCAACAAUAGCCAAGCCUCUGAAAUUCACGAAACGAAACGAAACGAAACGAAACGACCAUCAAACAUUUCGAUCCUCUCGACCUUUUCGACCAUCUCCCUCCUCCCUCCGACCCUUACCUCCCAUCGCUUCCACUCCUUGAUCGCUGGAAUACUGUAUCGCCGUCUGAUAGACAUCGCCCAACUGAAGGAUAGGAAUCUUCUACUCGAAUGUUACCACCCUUCCACCAGGAAAUAACAUGUCGUAGCAGACUCCAUACUCAAUAACGCAAGAUGGCUACGCCCGCACAACUUGACGAGAAGCGUCGGCGAGACGAGCCAGAAUCCUCAACUCAGGGCGGGAUAGGACGAAUGGCUACAGAAGCUCAACUGGCAGAGAAAGUCCGACGAGACAAAGGAGGGCCCGACCCGUUUGCGUCAUUUGCAACUCCUGCGCAACUAUCAGAGAAAGCGCGAGGACGACCUCCUCCGUUACCUCCCCGAACAAACUCUGUUGCGGGUCCGCCACCAUAUACCUCAGACGAUGCACGGAGAAGUGAGCUGAUCUCGGAGCAAUGGAGAUCCCACGACCCCAGAUCCUCUUCCACACAUUCCUUGGUGCCUUCAGAAACAGGGAGAGAUGGCAGACGAACACUACUUCUCGUAUACGUCCAUGGAUUUAUGGGCAACGAAACUAGUUUCCAGAGUUUCCCAGCACAUGUUCACAACCUCCUCACAAUUGCCGUCUCAGAGACCCAUGUCGUACAUACCAAGAUCUAUCCAAGAUAUAAAUCUAGAAGAGCUAUCGAAUUUGCCAGAGAUGAUUUCAGUACCUGGCUCGAACCUCAUGAGAAUCAUUACACCGAUGUUGUUCUGCUCGGACACAGCAUGGGAGGGUUACUGGCAGCCGAAGUUGCUCUGCAGAGACCUUUAACCCCAGCUACAGGGAAACCUUUCCGCCAUCGAAUCUUGGGUACCAUCAGUUUCGAUACCCCAUUCUUGGGCAUGCAUCCAGGUGUUAUUGCGAGUGGUAUUGGUAGUCUCUUCAGACCAGCAGAUCCUCCAAAGCCACAACCAGCACAUAGCGGGAGUAUGUCACCAAUCAGCAGUCAAGCAUCAGCUUCGUCUCCCAGCUAUGCUCCCUCGUUGGCAGAUACGGAAUCAAACCUUAGCUUGGUACAAAGCAUCACUUCGCCUCUAGCAAGUCCUCCUUCCAAUGACCCCUUCUUCAACCCUCCAUUCCCAAAUGAUGUCCGGUUACCAGAACGUAAAGGCUGGAACAGUCUCUUACACUUUGUGAGCAAGCAUUCCGAUGGCCUCACAACGGCUACGAAGCAAUACUUCAUGUCACAUCUGGAAUUUGGAGGCUGUUUAGCAGACUACCCAGGUUUACAAGAUCGAUACAAGAGGCUUCGAGCUCUGGAGGAUGUGGAUGAUGUUGCGCAAAACAAUAAUCCAGGCUACCGGCCACCAGUGCGGCGAAUUAGGUUUGCCAACUACUAUACAGCAAGUACGGGAAGACCUAAACCACCAAAAGUUCCUCCUGGACAUAUGAUUGACAAGGAUGGCCAUCUCCAACCUAUCGAGACUGAAAUGCAAGAUAUGAGUGUGCGUUCUAGUGGGAGCCAUUCUCCCACGCCUACACCCAGCAUUACCGUCGAUGAACAUAGUGAGGGUCAUAUUACACCCCAGCCACUUGAAGAUGGGCCUGAUGCAUCUCCAAUUGAUGCGCAGAUGAAAAAUCUUGGCGAGAGUUCUGGCGUACAGGAUGACUUCGAUGAACCAUCUCCAAUGAGACACAUUGACUCAAUACCAAUUCCAGACGAUGAUCCUUACCAUCCUUUGAGCAUGACAGAAACCGAAGGCGCUGAAGAUGAGCCAAGAAUCGAAGUACUAUCAUCUGAAUCUACCUUGCCACCGAUACCAGACAUGCCUAUCGAGCCAGAGCAAGUUGACCUGAGUCUAUAUACUGACAAGGACGAGCGUAAAAUCGCAGAGAAAGAAAACAAGCGUGUCAUGAGAACGUAUCAGCAAGCUAUCAAGGAUCGAGAGAGCGCUAUCAAAGACCGCAAGAAGCUUGUCGAGAAGCGUGAGAAAAAGGUAAGGCAAGAACAAGAGAAGCGGAUCAAAGAGAAAGAGAAGCAGAAAUCCAAGGAGCAGAAAGAGGAAGAAAAGCGCAAAGCUACCAUCAACCCCGAAUCUCCUCGAGAAAGACAAGCAUCUGUUGCUUCAUCAACGAAAGAUGACAAACCAAAGCGAGACAAGAAGUUUUGUAUGCUACCACCUACAUAUGGUGGCCAGAGGGAUAAGUGCUGGGUCAGAGUAUACAUGGAGGGUGUUGAUGAAGUGGGAGCCCACUGUGGUCUUUUCUUUCCAGGCCCCCAGUACGAGAGUUUGGUCGGAGAUGUAGGAGAGAGGGUCCGGAAAUGGGUUGAAGAGGACGCUGUCAGGAGAGCGGCUAUCGACUCGGAGAGGGUUUGA